AUGCUUGUCGUUCUAGAAAGCAAAAGUGGACCCGCCAAGGGACAUGUUGAAGCAUUGGAGCAUAGACUGCAGGUCACUGAAGGUGUACUUUUCCGCCUGCUUUCCCAGGUUUCCGACGAGCAGCUAUCCAAUACAUUCCCAAGGGAUGGUGCGAUCAGCCGGGAUUGUGCUGCUACUUAUAUGCCCCUUGCCAGACUUAAUCGGAGAGGAAUUGACGAGUGGUCUCAAUUUCCUCUCGACAAUGCACAAAACAUUCGAGAAUGGCAGCAUCUUUUGACUGGCCAGAGCGCGGUGGAUUCCGGCACUCUGCCGAGUAAGGCUGAUCAAUCUCCCGUCCACCAUCACCAGGAUAGCGGAGUGAAAAGAAAGCACCAGGAACCUGGUGAGAAUGGAUACCAGGACACCCUGUCGGAACAAGAUUACCUCCCAAUGGUAUCCCCUGGCAUAUCUUUACCGAGUCAACGGCACGAACAGCCGCUGCUAUCGCUUGUCACCACCCGCCCACACUUGGAUCAGUACUGGUUAUCCUUUGAGGCUGCGACUAGAAAAUCUCAAAUGGAGAAUAAGGCUGGUUUCUCGGGUCCGCUCGAUUUACCGAUGGAGGGUCAGGGUCCGAUAGAAUCCCAAGGGAUAGAACCAGUGCAGACUAGUAGCAACUGGGAAGGUGCACCUUCGGUCAAUUUCCAGCAGCAGUUUCUUUGGUGA